AUGAAAAUGUUUCCACAGGUGGAAUCAGCAACUGGUGGACUUGGAGGAAAUCUGGAAAAGAUGGGAAGUCUGCUGCAGAAAGUCCCUGUCAAGAAACUGAAGGCAUUGUCAGAUGGAGACUUUGGAGAUAUGUCAGGUCAGACGGAAAGGAAACUGAACUGCAGUAAAGAUACAUGUCCCGAAUUGUACAAGCGUGUUAACAAUACCAUUGGUCAGCCAGGCAUCAAAAACGCUAAUUACACGAUGACAGUGUUCCGAAACCUUGGAAAAGUCAUGUGCGGAAUGUCUGUGGACGAUCUGAAAAUGAUACCAGCAACAAAGAUGCUAGAGGAUAUUGCGGGCCACUUGAUCAGCUUAGCAUGUCUCUCAGACAAACAGGAAAGAAUUUUGGCCGAGAAGCUGAAGUACCGACUUGGUUUGUUCAGUGGAAAUCCGCGCACCGUUGUAUCCCAGGAUAUUAAGAAAUUCGGAGGACUGCUUAAACACUUCGACACCGAUGAUCUAGAUAGCCUGGGAAAGAGUGUGUGUGGAGAUAUUUCACUAGAACUGGGAUCUGCUGAUCUGUCAAACGUUAAAAGUGACGAUCUCAAAAAACUUUCAAAAUAUGCCCAAGAAUGUGUGAAUAAUACUAAGGAUGAAUUGAGCAGUGACGAUAUGACUGCUAUGGGUGACCUCGCCUGCGGUUUGAGCACUGACCGAGUCGAUGACAUUGCCGACGACGCCAUGCAAGACGUCGUGAACAAUGUGCAGAGCAAAUGUGCACAGUUCAGCACCAAAGAGAGGAAAACAUGGGCAGAUAAAUCGAUGAAAAAAUUAAAUGUGAAAAAGAGCAAGAUAGCGGACGCUGAUGAGGUGACCUUGACACAGCUAGGAACCUUUGUGGCCGAACUGGGCUCUUCAGAUCUUGACAAAAUAUCUAACGAUGUUAUGUCAAGCAUUGGGUCGGACAUCGUCGAUGAGUUCAAAGACAAAAAAGAAGAACUUGAGAAACGUGACCAAAAGGGCUUUGGGAAUGACGUUAAAGAUACAGAUCGAAAGGACAGCGAUGAAAAAGAGAAGAAAGUGUAUGAGAGACUUAUCACAGCGUUCAAGGAUACCUCAAGGAGGAGGAGAAAACGCUCAGUGUCAUCAUUAUCAUGUGACGACAUGCAAUUAUUGGGCUCUGGCGUCACUGCUUUAACCACUAGCGAGAUUGAGGCUAUGGCAGACUCGGAUUUCCUAGACUGUGCCAGUUUUCUAGGAGGAUAUUCUACAUGGAGUACCGACCAGCUGUCGUCUCUCCUUACUGUUGCAACACGUGCUGGGACAUUUAGUACCGCCACUGGGUGGUCGGCCGAUCAAGUUACCGACGCCGGCAUAAUCACUCAAGGUCUCACUUACUCCGAGAUCGAGUCUCUCACUGAUCUCACUUUGGAUGCCAUGUCUUCCAUUGGACAGCACGAGGGUUGGAGCGAAACACAGCUUGGAUCCGGAUUUUCUCGUUGGUUAGAUUUGAACAAGGGAAAUGACGCCUCUGCUGUGACGUCAAGUGAACUUAUUGCACUAGGACAUUUUGCUUGUGGUGCGACGACCAGCCAUAUCGGAAGUAUGUCUAGUACCGAAUACAGCUUUGCAGCAAGCUAUAUAGGAGCGCUAACAAGUUGUACAGAGAGCCAGCUAGAAGCUUUUGCCGACCUCGCAGAGACAGCUUUCGGUUCAAUCUCCUCCUGGGAUACGUCCGUGGUCUCUACUGUCGGAGCUGUGAUUGGUGGUCUCACAUCCAAUGAAAUAAGCACACUUACAACCUCCCAGAUUGCCGCCAUUGACCCUACAAGUAUUGCUCAGAUACCAUCAACAUCAUUUGUCGGAUUUACUGUGGACCAGAUCUCAAGUUUCAGCGUUGCGCAAGCACAGUCCACAACUUCAGACCAGCAGUCCGGCCUCUCAACGGCAAAACUUGAUGCACUUGUAGCUGCCGGUGGUACCGUGGAGUCUUCAGCUGUGGCGAUCCAGACUCCUUUACUUGUUUUACUGCUUGCUGCUCUUCUGUCAAUAGUUUUUAAUUUCUAAGUUGAACACAAUAUUUUAUUUCCACUUUCGUUAAAUUUAUUUAUAUUUUAUCUAAAUUUUGUUUUUGUGUUGAAUAGCAAAAUCUAAAAUGGACGAUGACUUUACAGGAAAAUGUGUGAACUUUUAAGAAAGGUACAUAUAA